UGCAGGCCUGCACUCGCUCUUUCACACAUACUCGACAGAACUGCCGACGGACGACCGACAGGAUGGAGGAGGAGGCUCCAUCUCAACGCUCCGUGGCUGAACUGGCAGGAAGAUUCAAAGGCUCGGCUCCUCCACAGAACGCUGCUGGGAAUGGAGCAGAAAAACCAGUUAGACGACGACCUCCUCGGACCUUACAGCUGCCCAAACCACAAGGAGACGACCAGGAGCCUCCUCCAGGUGUGACCUCUCCUCUACCUGCCAAAGCCAAGAGGAACUCUGCUCUAAUAGAGAAGCUCCAGGCCAACCUCGCCCUCUCCCCCUCGGCUCUCUCUCCGAAGAGUCCCGGCUUCAGGCUGCUGCCUCCCUCCUUCACUCCGGCCUCCCCAGGCUCCGCCCCCGAUACCACGGUACCCUCCUCGUCCUUGGCGACCCCCACCAGCCCCGUCACCGUCGCUCCGGUAACUGAGGAGGAGGGCCCCGCCUCCUUUGAAGCCCCUCCCACGGCGGCGGAGGGAUCCAUCCUGUCGAGCAUCAACAAGGGCAGACCUCGCCACUCCAUCCGGCGCCGUCCUCCGUCCCGCCGCCACAGGAAGUCCAGCUGUGGAGACGACGUCGUUGUCGCUGGCGAUGACGCAACGGAGACGCAACGGAGUGAAGCGGAGGACAAACCAACGGGACAAGGACAGGAAGUUCCAACAGACGUCUCAACGCCUCCAGAGGAACAUCAAACCCACGAAGAAGACGAGACGAAAAGCAGCAGCGAGGUGAAGGAGGAAGAGGACGAGACGAAGAGCAGCAGCGAGGUGAAGGAGGAAGAGGACGAGAUGAAGAGCAGCAGCGAGGUGAAGGAGGAAGAGGACGAGACGAAGAGCAGCAGCGAGGUGAAGGAGGAAGUGGACAAGAUGAAGAGCAGCAGCGAGGUGAAGGAGGAAGAAGACAAGAUGAAGAGCAGCAGCGAGGUGAAGGAGGAAGAGGACGAGACGAAGAGCAGCAGCGAGGUGAAGGAGGAAGUGGACAAGAUGAAGAGCAGCAGCGAGGUGAAGGAGGAAGAAGACAAGAUGAAGAGCAGCAGCGAGGUGAAGGAGGAAGAAGACAAGAUGAAGAGCAGCAGCGAGGUGAAGGAGGAAGAGGACGGACCGACGGGAGGAGACCAGGAGAAACAGGAUUCAACUGAAGCAGAAACAAAGACAGACGACAGAAAAGAAGACAGCGAGGAGGCGACGAGUUCGGCCCGGUGAGGAUCACAUGAUUGGACAGCAGCCAUGAUGAGCCCCUGGAGGGCGGGGAGGGAGACCCUGAUGCAGCGAGGCCUGAAGGAAAAGCCUGCAGAGCCGAGAUAACCGAGGUUUAGCUGCAGCGUGUUACCGAGACGACCUGAAGGUCCACAUCCAGCUCAAAGCUUCUAACCUGCAGCACACUGCAAUGCCACAUUUCUACUUUUAUAAAUCAAAAUGAUGUGAUUUAUUCGUUGUUGUUGAAAUUAUUUCUUGCUGUUUGGUGCCUUUAAAACUGUGACUGAUGAUUUCUGGUGUUUAUUUAAAACCACAGAAUGUAAAGGGUCAGCAGGUGCUUCUCUGGAAAUAAUAUUCACAGCUCUGAGAGAGAAAAUCUGAAGCCUUAUGCCAAAGUUUGUUAGAAAAAUAAUUAAAAAUGUUGGAUAAAAAACA